AUGAUCUCAGUUGUGCAAGACUCUGAGUUCAUGACAAAUUUGCUGCCGGCAAAUCCUGUUCCAGCUGGCAAAAGAUUCAUUGGGUUCCAAGAUCAGGACAGCAACCCAGCUGUCUUCUCCCUCGGAGAGGACGCAGUCUUGAAUCUUAUCAUCGCGCAAGAUGGCACCCCUUCCCUUGUGAACUUUGGUAGCCUCUGUAAUUUCUCUGGCAAGGUCUUAGCGUUUGAUGUCCAGCAACACAAAGAUUCCAGCCUCUCCAUAGUAGUUGCAACAGACGCGGGAAAAGAUCUCAGCAAUGUCUACAUUCUAAUCAAUAUGAUGCCAGCAGAACUGCUUAAACCUCAACCUGAAACUAUACUUUUCGCUGGGAAUUUAUUUCCAGUUAUCUAUGAAAUUUUCCUGAGUAACUUUACUCGACGUGUUGGAAGCACAGACUUUCCAAUGAUAUUUCUCACUUUGGCACCUCCCGGAGCAAUAACCAAAUCGAGCCAGCUGGGAUAUCUUAAUGUUGCUACUAGAGACAGUGGAGGAUUUGCCUUCUCUCUCAAUACCUCAUGGAGGCUUGCAACAGACCCUAUUGAUAUCCUUGCCGUCGCAUUUGGUACCUGCCCCGUUGGACAAGGCGCAUUUGUUCUGUACACUGCCAGUGAUGGAAACCAUCUCCAGUUUCGCACAUUUGCUGGAGGUAAUUUUGCAUCUGAGAUGAACUGUCCCUCUGGAGCACUUUGUAUAGACUCAUAUGUCAAUCCCACCACGACCUACACGGAGUUACUUGUGGGAGGGGAUAGCAUUACUCGGUUCAACUAUAGCCAGUAUUGCACUGGACACGGCGAGGGAACGCCAAUCGUAACUGGAGACACCGCACUGGGGCUUAAGAACAUGCAUGUGGCUCAAGAAGAUGAGGACAUCACAAUCUGGUUUACCACUGUAAAGAAUGGCGUCCACUACUACUCAGCACCUCUUCCUUCACUUACCGGCGGACAACUCAUACAACUGCUGGACGACGGAAGUGGAGGCCAGAUAUCAACCAUGCUAAUCGCGAAAGAGACAACAAGCGAUUUGUUAGUUGACACUGUUAUUUCUGUUGACUCAUCCGGCUCUCUCACCCUGCUCCAGUGCGGGUCUGACACUGGUAUCUGGCAGGCCGUGCCGUUCUAUCUUCCCUCUGAUUCAAACACUAUGGAGGUCCCGAGCUUCACCCUAAGAUUCAAGGCCAGCUCGGACGACUCAAACCAGCCGGUGCAAUACUGCCAACUCCACAUCAAGUGUUCAGGUUCUGUAAUAGCCUUCUGUAAUGGAGUCAGCCAGAUAAUCGACCAGCAAGGCAGAUGGUACCAAGCUGACAGCUUUGGGGCCGUCAGUGUCAUUAUUUCCACUUCUGACAUGGCAUCAUUCACCUUCCAAGUGAACCAGUUCAAGAGCAGCGGUCAUUCGGCAGUGCCUGUCCAGGCCGCCGUCCUCAACCCAAACAUGAAACUCAACGCGAAGCUAACGGCGAUCAACUCUGGCAAUGACCUACUCAACGCCAAAACACAGACCGGCGACCCCCUUAUAGUCCCGAGGACUGUCAGUCAGGCUGAUGCUGACCAGGCGGCCAAUAUAGUCAGCCAACUCAACAAGUCCCAGAUAUUUCUGGGAGACCCGAACCUGCCCCUCAGGAAGUUCAGCAAUAAGCGGAAGGUAUAUAACCCUAAUAACGAGACUCCACAAUUCCUUGCCGGUCGCAUUUUAGGAGAUAAGGACGAAGUGACGGAUUUUAUUAAACACGUGAGCUUCAGCUCUUGGUAUGACCCCUGGGGUGCGUUUUCGUGGGUCUACCGCAAGGCGCAGGAGGCUACGAAAUGGGUGCUUAAUAAAGUCGGUGACGCUGUCAGUCUAAUAAUAGAGCUCGGCGGUAAAGUAUUCAACUUCCUUCUUGACUCGCCCGAAGCCAUUGGCAAGGCGAUAAGUUGGGUGUUUCAGAAGAUUACUGUGGGACUGCAGAAGCUCAUCGACUUUCUCGGUUUCCUCUUCAACUGGAGGGACAUUCUGAAUACGGCCGAUAGCAUCGUAUCCGUGAUGGAUUCUGCGCUGGACUAUAGCCAAGGGCAGGUCGACGGGUUGAAGGCUCAGGAGCAGCAGAUAAUAGAAAACCUUGGGGACGCCGUGAAGAAAAGGAUUAGCCCUGUUGAGACACCUACGGGCACGGAGCUCAAAGACUCCAAGGAGACGCUACCCAUGGCCGCCAUCAAGGAGAGUGUCGGAUACAACUGGACCUCGUACCAGGUGGCAUACGCCGGCGUCGGCACAAGUGGGAGCAUCAAAGACGCCCCCGAAGCGGUAUCGGGGGCCACCUCCAAAGCGGGAGACAAGCUUGGUCCCUCUUUACCUGACCUUUGGUCCAAGCUGACAGACAUCUUCGCCGAUGUGGAGCACUUUGUCAGCGACAUGGGACAUGACGUCUCGGAUUUGUUUAAACCCGGCACAACCUCGACCAACAUUUUCGAACGGUUAACACUUAAGCUGAUGAAUGCGGCGCUACGCACGACGCAGGAAGCGGUGGACACCCUGCUGGAUGCCCUCAGCGCCGUACUAUCGUGCCUCCGCAGGCUGGGCAACAAGUCCAUCCAGCUACCGAUCUUUACGUCGCUGUGGAGGACGAUCUCGGGCGGGCGCGACUUUACUGCGCUCAACGCCAUCGCGUUGCUGAUUGCCAUACCCGCCACACUCUUGUACAAAUUUGUCAAGGGCGUUGCACCACCGUCGCUCGCAGGCAUGGACAAGAACACGUUUGCCGCGUAUGUGAACGGGGAGCUGGGGGAAGAGAAGGAACUUGGUAUCAAGCGCUCCGAUAUCCUGCGCGUACUUUCGGUCAUGCUCAUUGUCAUGGAGGAACUCGAGUGGAACUUUAAGGUCAUUAGCAGGUUUACAAAAAGGUUGCGUAGCACGACAGCAGAUACCAUAGACACGGCUAUGAUUUUCUUGGGCACAGGGCAGCUCAUCGCCUUGUGGCCCAUCAAGGGGUCGCAGAACACGACACUUAGAUAUACUUCAUGGGGUCUGGAUUGUGCGAAUGUGGUCACACUAGCAACAGGUCGCUUUGUGGGCUGGCAGACGGGGACGCCGCGCGAGGAGACAGCACCUAUGGUCGCGACGGUGGGAGUGAUGACGUCCAUUCCCACCUACCUUCUUGGUAUCCUGAUCCACACGGACGCCGACUCUGGAGACCCGGCCCUGCUUGCCCGGCACAUUACUGAGGAUACAUUUGCGAUGCUCAAGGCAUGGCUGUCUGGGAUCCAGGCUGUAGCAUCCGACCCUGAAACUAUCGCGACUGCCACAACGCUAGGAUAUAUUUGUGUUGGGUUGAAAUUGCUGCUCAAGUUCGUGGAUUUCUAUCUCGAGGCUGAGGAUGAGCUGAAUGUGAAUGACGCCGAGCCACCACACCAAUGUAUAGACCGCGGAAAUCUCAUGGCAAACAUGAAUUUCAGCAUGCUGUGA